CUCCGUUCGCUAUCUCGUCGUAGAAGGUGGAUGUAACAGAUUGUGCUGGAGGACGAUAAGCCUGGUCGUCGUUUGGUGAUGUGAGAGAAGAAAUUCAACCAUGUUUUCCGUGUUCAAGAAGCUCGCGAACAAAAAUGAAGCACCGUCCGUGUCGAUUCCGGAGUCCGUGGGACAGACGAUGUCGGAUUCGCUUAAAAAGCGAUUCUCCCGUGGAGUGCAGUAUAACAUGAAAGUUGUCAUCAAAGGUGACCGGAAUGUGGGCAAGUCAUGUUUGCUCGAGCGCCUGCAGGGAAAAGCCUUCAUCGAGCAGUACACACCCACGGAGCAGAUCCAGGUUGCGUCGAUCCAGUGGUCCUUCAAGGCGACGGAUGACGUGGUCAAGGUGGAGGUGUGGGACGUUGUCGAUCGUGGGAAAUCGAAGCAGAAGAGCACCAACCUCAAGCUAACGACCACCGGCAGUGGGAGCGGUAGUCCGGAUGCGGACGUUCCGGUGCUGGACGCUGAGUUCCUCGACGUUUACAAAGGCACACACUGCGUCGUAAUGAUGAUGGACAUCACGAAGGCUUGGACGUUCGACUACGUGUGCCGCGAGCUGCCGAAGGUGCCCGGGGAUAUCCCGGUGCUGCUGCUGGGGAACCACUGUGAUAUGGGUCACCAUCGGGUGAUUACGGCCGAGCAGGUGCACGGGUUCGUCGAGACGGCCAGUGCCGAAAGGCGCGCGGAAAUCGUCUACGGCGACAGCUCGAUGCGGAACGGUUUCGGGCUGCGGUUGCUGCACAAGUUCUUCGGCGUCCCAUUCCUGUACCUGCAGAAGAGUGCACUCGAGGCGUCGCUGCGGAAGAACGCACAAGAUUUGGACAUCUGUAGGCUGGAGAUCGAGGAGUACCAGAAAUCGGAUGACUCCGACUACGGCCGGUUCCUGGAUAAUCUCAUUAGCAAGAAAAAGGCCCGCGAAGGCGCAUCCACACAGCCCACAGACCCGGCCAGCCUCAUCCGGCCAACGAAAAGCAUCAUCCUCGGUGCGGGCCAUCCAAUCAUCGUACCCGAUCGGAACUCGCAUCUUGCGGUCUCUUCGACCACGACCGUCAAUACGACGAAGCUUGGCCCGCAGCAGCGUCAGGAGCAACCGACCCGCAGUGCCACCAUGACCACCCUGUCAUCAGAGCUGAACUUUGGCAAGAUCGACAACGUUGAUGAGUUCUGCCCGGACGGCGGUGUGCUCGAUAAGUCAUUCCUCGAGGAUACGCUCGACUCGGGCCCGGGAAGGCAACCGCCGACCGUGACCAACGUCGGCGACAGUGACGACGACGACGAAGGGGAAUGUCACAAUCCGCUGGUUACAAGAUUUGACGACGAAGAGCUCGGCGCCGAUCAAACGGACGUACCGGAGGUGGUCAAAAUUUCACCUGCUACGGAAACCGCGAACCCAAAGCCGAAGGAAGAGCGUUUCAAUCCGUUACGAGUCGAUUCUUCCGUGGUGCUGCUCCCGAAAGCAAACCAGGUGCUCUCUUCCCCAACGGUGGACGAUGGAAACGGUGCUGCUAAAGACGACGCUGACGCUGGUCAUACUGCCGACAGUGGGGAGCGGAAGUUUUCGCUUUCCAGCGUCGAGCUGGAGCUGGAGCGAGUAGGGACGACAGGUGUGAAGGCGAAGCUGGGUGCGGACUACGGUUACGGUUGGGGGCCGAUAGACACCAAAGAGCGACGCUCGCCGGAAGGAGGCGAAGAUGUGGUCUCAACGUCGUCAGUGAACCGUUCCAAGAGCUCCGGGGAGAAGAAGUCGAAGGACAAGGACAAGAAGCACAAAAAGAAAAAGUCCAGCAAAGAGAAGGACGAAACGCGCGAUAAGGGCGAAGGCAAGCACCACCGGAGCAGCAAGCGCAAGAGCCACGUCGACGAGUUCCUGAAGGAGAUGCAGUCGAACGCGGACGGCGCCGGCGACGAUCCGGUGGACGAAGCCUACGAAGCGAUCUGAGAUGAAACUGCCUCCCGUUUGCUGUCCUUCCGCCUUCUCCGUACCGCACAUUCCUCCGUACCGCCCAGUGAGAGCCGGUCAGGGUGUUAUACAUGGUGUCCGCCAGAGGCAAUCUUACAGGAAAGGGACAGUUAAGCCAGUCCCGGACCGCUGUGUUUCUUUGCGAAUUUACUACUUAUUACUUAUACUCCACUAUAUUACUGUUAAGCUUGAAACAAAAACUACAAAAGAUUAAAAAAAAAGAGGUAAACCGUGGAUUAAAGACGAAACUAACAUACAAAUCUCGUCCCGCAGCUAGUUGCCACGGCGAGCGAAGCGAACAAAUGGCAAACGAACUACAAACUUAUUAAAAUAUACUUAUAUUACAACAUG